AUGUGGCAGCCGCUGGUGCGCCUGGUUAUUCAAAGGCCUCCCACUGAAUCCCAGAACGCCAAAACCUGGAACUUCGAUGUCUGGAAAGCUGUAUUUACCCUCAUUGACACCAUCCCUCGAACAACACCACCACCGGCGAGCGUCCCCCCCUCCUAUGACGGCACACCAGUCAAAUCCACAUCGUCAUCGCAGAAAGGCUCCGAGCAGACGCGUGAGUUGGUGAAUCCGAGAAUCUUCGAGGAGAUACGUGGCUGCACCUUUCGAGACGUCGAGGGCUUCUUCGACAAGUACUUUGAGGGAAAAGACUGGAGCGGCAAAGCAGAUGCCAUCUGUCGACGCGUGCUGGCCCCAGACAGCGAUGGGAAUUGGGCCCAGUUUCCUGAUCCUCCUACGCAGGACGAUGUCCUUGCCUGGUGGUUUCGUCUUCAAGAAGACCUUCUCUCGGAAUCACGCGGCACCUACUACACCACGGCGAGCAAAGCGGAUCUUACGGGUUCGAAUGCGGAACGGCAAGUCGACCUCCUUCUGAGAGCUAGCGGCGCGAGCCCCUCGCGGAACAAACACGACUGGAGAGACAUCCUGGUUGUCGGCGAGCUCAGAAAGCCAAAGGAGAAGAUUGGGACCAAAACCACACUGCUGCAGAUGGGCCGCUGCGUGCGCGAGGUCUUCGCUGCGCAGCCCACCCGGCGGUUCGUCCACGCAUUCGCCGUCUGCGGGACCAAGAUGGAGGCGUGGGUGUUCGACCGUUCGGGGCCCUACAGCUCGGGCAUCAUCGACGUCUACGCAGACUCGAGACGGUUCUUUCAGGUGCUUGUGGGCUACACCAUGAUGAGCGACGAGGAGCUGGGACUGGACACCUUUAUUACUAGGGAUGAAGGCGGCAACAAAUCAAUAACCGUCAAAGGGCCUGGGAACUCAGAGCAAAAGGUGCUGCGGCUGGGUGAAAUGCUUUCCUUUCAGCGUGCCAUCGUGUGUCGCGGGACAACAUGUUUUCUCGCAAACGAUGGACAAGUGGAGGGCGUAGCCAAAUUCUCGUGGGUGUCGGACAAGCGGCGGUCGGAGGCGGAACUCCUCGAGCUAGCGGGUCAAAAAAAUGUCCAAGGGGUCGCCAGGAUCAUUGGCCAUAGUACCAUCACUAGCAUCGCCGACAUGCGCUGCGGCCUGACCUUCGACGACAAGCGACACGACUUCAAAAGCGCACCCCCCAGUGCGGCCUCCUCAUUUCAUCAAUCUCAGCGGCUCACCGAGCUCCGUAGCUUAGGUCGAAAGUCGUCUUCCAGGAAACGCAGAUCUCCGGAUAAAGGGAUGCAGGCAUCCAAACGAUCGCGCUCCAUCAAUCAACCGUCGAGGGACAACCAGCAGGAGAAUGAACUAGCUUUCUCCGUUCAGUCGGCGCACAAGCCAAGCCUCUUCGACAGGAAUGGCGAGGAACCCUACGACAACCGCGUCCUCCGCUGUCUGGUGAUCUCGCCCGCUGGGCGGCCGAUCUACAACGGGCGAAGCGGCGCACGGCACCAGACCGGCACGAUGGAGUUCAUGGCGAUCGAGGUGCUGCUUAAUAUCGACCAUACCUAUCGUCACGACCUCGAGUCUUUCUUUUACGUGCUUAUCUGGCAGUGCGCCCGUCAUGGCUGGGGGAAGGAUAACCAUCCCAAGGAUAGUAAACUUCGUGCCUGGUAUACUGGUAACUAUGAGGACAUUGCAAACGCCAAGCUUGGCCAUAUGAGCAAAGCUGAAAAUAUGGGAUUUGGGUUCAUUUUGAGGGAGUUCCCUCCAAAGUUCCGUGGUGUUGUACAGCUUUGCGGGGCCCUACGAGACAUAACUACUCUUUCCUUACAAUGA